AUGAAGCCAGUGAAAAGUCAUCUCGACUUUACGUCGGAAAACCAACCAGGUCCAUGCUUCCGAGACCUCAGCUACACUCCUUACGAUGCCAACAUCACGAAUUCUCGCCGGCUACAUCUGGCUGCCUACUUUAAAUUCAUGCGCCCCCAAGCGAGCUCUCUCUACGACGAGUAUGCAGCUGAAGCCCGCCGGACAGCCUGUAAAAUACUCUACAAUGACACGAUGCAGCGUGCUGUCUCUGUAGCGUAUUUCGAGUACCUUGUUGACAACGUCUUUUGGAAGCUAUGGUUCAGGCCAUUUGGAUCAGAUGCGCCUUUGUGGCCAUGGGGGCCUCCGAAAGUCUCGUCGAGAUUGAAACCAGGGCAGUCGCGGAGUCGCACAUAUGAUGAAUAUUGUGAAAGUCGUGCCAAUGAAACGUCUUGGCCAACAAGAACUACUAUCACUAUAUCACAUGCGGAGCCCAAUCCCGAGUCUCCAAUGGACCCCAACUCACAGUACAUUGUGCGGUCACAAGCCGUCUUCACAAUGUUUGCAUACAGGAAAUCGGAAUCAGAAUUAGAUCUCGACUUGAAAAGGCGAGAGGUUGCUUGGGAGAAACUGGAUCCUUUCCUGUAUGAGCCCGGUAUUGUCGGGCCAUUCGAAGUCGAACCACCAUCGCUGACACCUAUCGAGACGCUCGUCGUACCAGAUCUGGCGUCAAUCAAUACUUUGUUGGAGGGGCAUGCCGUCAUCAAGGCAAACAUGACUCGACGAAGAAUCAUCGUUACGUUCCCUGAGACGGUCCAAGACGAGAACGAGGCCAGUCAAAGGCAUUUCAUUGUUUGGGGACACGUACUUGGAUGGGUUAAUGGAAUCAAGCAGAAGAAAUACAUAACCCUGCAAGAACACUUACAAGGUGCUCUGCAACUCCACGGAGACUCGUCAGGGGAAUGA